CCCCCUUUCCCCCCCCAGCGAGGGAAAUGAGCAGAGAAGACCCAGCUUCCGGUCCUCUUUCCCCCGAGCGGCGCGGGGGCCGGCGGGAAAUAAGCAGGAAAGGCCCAACUUCCGGUUUCCUCUUCAAGCCCCCCAGCCCCGCAGCGGGGCCCGGCAGGAAAUGAGCAGGGAAGGACCAACUUCCGGUUUCCUCCCCGCCGGCGGGAAAUAGACAAGGAAGGACCAACUUCCGGUUCUCGCUCCUCUUCCCCCCCAGCGGGAAAUAAUAGGUUCCCUCUCACCCCUUCGAGCGGGUCCUACGUUUUUCUUCUCGGGAUGAGUUUAGUGCUUAGAAAUCUCCAGAGAGUCAUCCCCAUCAGGAGAGUCCCACUGCGCCAAAAGAUCGAGACCCUCAGACGCAUUCUGGGGGUGCGGCGGUUUGACUUGGGGAUCGUCUGUGUCGACAACAAGAACAUUCAGCGCGUUAACAAUACGUACCGCCAAAAGAAUGUCCCGACUGAUGUUCUGUCCUUUCCCUUUCACGAGAAUCUGAAAGCAGGCGAGAUGCCCCAACCUCGUUUCCCAGAAGACUACAACUUAGGUGACGUUUUCCUAGGAGUGGAGUACAUUUUCCAACAGUGCCAGGAAGGAAAUGAGGAUUUCUACGGUGUUCUAACGGUAAUUGCGGCUCAUGGGCUUUGCCAUUUACUGGGCUACAGACACGACACCGAAGCAGAGUGGCAAGAGAUGUAUCAAAAAGAAAAACAUAUUCUUGAUGAGCUGAAUAAACUUACUGGGACCAAUCUCCAGCCACUGACCAAAAACCAUUUUUGAUCCUUUGAGAAUAUAUAAAGUUCAAAAAUACUUCAGGACCAAGGGACUAACUUGGUUCUUAUUUUCCUUCUUAACUAACUGGUACAUUUUGGAAUAGGAAUCGAUAGUGAAAUAGUUGUCGAGAAUCGUUCCAGUAACCAUCUGAAUGGCUGACUUUAGGUUGCUGGACUGUUUUCUGAUUCAACUCUUCAAAUGUAUCAAGGAAUAGGCUAGAAUAAGUCCAUAUUGAAUGUAAGCUAUGUUAAGAUACACUGAUAUCAUGGCACAAUAGAAAAUAAGUGGAAAACUGAUGUUAAUGCAAUAAUAAUGAUCGAAAGAUGGACUCUUCUCUCCAUUGGAAACGA